AUUGUUUGAGUAGCUCAGUGGAAAUGCCGCUGCUGCCAACCAUUGAGGAGGAGGGUAAGCUGCCCUGGUUGCGUCUAAUGUGGCGCUAUCGCCUGCAGUUUCAAUCCAUGGCCGCAGCCUCCAUAGUGUUUGUGGCCAGCGGCAUGCGAUUAGCCUGGUCCAUAUUUGAUACGCCCGCUGGAAAAUUCCUGAACAACAAUAAUACCCACAAUUUGAUGAUGAGUUGGUUCAUUGGCGCUGCACUGGGCGCUCUUCUGGCUGUUUUAUUCGUUCAAAAAGUUACCAAGAAUGUGGCCUAUACCUCCAGUGCCGCCCUGCUGCUCAUCGCUGGCGUUCUAAGCAUCUCCCUGCCCCGCCAAUUUAACGCCGCCUGCUACAGCAGCGUGAGCGUAGGCGCGGCCUAUGGCCUGACGCACGUUCAGGCCAUGGUAACCGGCGCCGAGGUGGCUCACAAGUCAAUACGCGGCAUGCUGCUCAGCUGCGAGCGCAUUUUUCUCUGGCUGGGCGUUUGUGUCCAGUUGCUGUAUACUCGCCUCUGGUACGCAUUGGAGCCGCUCGAACGGGGACAUGCGAUUCACAUCGAUCAGCUGCAUGGCAUCUGGUUGGCCGUCCUGGGCGUGGUGGCCUUCAUACUGGCGCUGGCGCAUCGUUUAGAAUCGCCGCUGCUGCUGCUGCGUCAGGACCGAGAACUGACGGUGAAUGAGACGCUGAAGCAGCUAAAUGGCAGUGCACAUGCCCCAAAUGAGGUGUUGCGCCUGCGCGAAGAUUGUCGGCAAUUUUAUGCGGCACGGGACUUGGCCAAUGCCUUUGGCAGACCCGAGCUGGACAUGGAGCCGCGAUACCGCCACUGGGCGCGACGCUUCCUACCGUUUGGAAAGAUUCUGCUGCUGCGUUGCUUCGCAACUCUGGCUCUUUCGCUGCCCUAUAAUCGCGCUUUCCUCGUGGUUAGCUGGCAUGGCUUUGAGUGCGAUAUGAAUUGUCUAUACAUGCUCGCUUUCUGUGGACUCCUCGGCAGCUGUGUCGGCGCCCUACUGGUCGACUGGCAGGGCAGGCGGAAAAUUUGCUGGCUUUCGCUUUUCACGGCCGGCAUCAUCAUCUUCAUGGUGGGUGGUGUGUUCGAGCACAUGGAGGCAGCCAAAAAGAUCUACUAUGACAUCAACUUGCAGGCCAUUGCGUUGCUGAUGCUGCUCUUUGAGCUGAUCAUUGCGCUGGGCGUGGCUGUGCCGGCCUUGGUCUACACCGCUGAGGCCUUCAGCGUGACGGCCAAGGCGCGUUGCUUUGCCAUGAUCCUCGUCUGUGAGCAGUUGUUACAGUUGGCUUUGUUGGCUGCCUCAUUCCAGCAUAGAAUCACCGAUUCAGCCCUUUUCUUUACGUUCGGAGCCUUGAGUUUUGGCCUAGGUGUCCUGGUGUUUAUGUGCAUGCCCGAAACGCGGCAAGUCACGCUCUACGAAUGUCUCCUCAAGUUCAAAACUGUCCCUUAG